AUGGGCAAGAAGUGCGAGCGUUACGACAAACAGCAGCUUCUUGACAUGCUCCAGGAGCAAUGCCCCGAUGCCAUGGCUAAGCUUCCCUCGGCUGAUACGUUCAUCUUCCAAAAUCUUGAUGACGGCCCUGGAAAAGCAAUGCUUCGUAUUGGCACCUGCACCAAAGGAAAGCGCAGCCCAACAACGCACGAGCUUUAUGUCCAAUGUGGCGGCAAGGCAAAGCCUGAAUUGUGGUUUGACAUCCAAAACGACUAUCAGAGCUUCAACGGCGACGGAUUCUUCAAGAAUAUGGACGGGUGGUACAUCUAUUCGGACAUUCUCAAGGCCGCGAUCGCCUUUGUCUUUGUUUACUGCGGCCACAAGGAGAAGUUCUGCGAUUUCGGCUUCGGGAAUGGCUUCAAGUUGCUGGUCAAAGUACUGAAUUAUUUGCUCUCUGACGUCGAGGGUGGCGCCGCCUCUAGCAACAACACUGCAGAUGCGGGCACUGAUACUGCAGAAGCUUCAGAUGCGGAUGCAAACAUGGUCAAAAUCCCCGGUGACGACCGCUCUGAAGAGAAGCUGCCCGAGGAAUACCCUCAGAAGUCACUGGACAACGUACUCUCUGAGAAACCCAGGAAGAGAUCGCUCAGUGUCGAAAGCGAUGAACCCGUGGUGCAGAAGAAGCUCCGCGUCGAGUAG